AACUUUACGUCAACGAAAGUCCCAAGGAAAAUAUUCGGCUGCUGAGUGCUGGGUGCCACAGCCACUGCCACAGUAAUCCACUUUCUACGGAACAACAUUUUUUUUUUUAAUUAAACCAAUCUCUCCAUAGGACUUCGAGAGGACAGGAGUGCCAGAAAUGCCACCGAAUAAAUCAUCAAGGUCCAGUAGGGCUUUGAUUGACGAGUUUUGCACCAUAACAGGUGCUGACAAAUCUCUUGCUGGCAGUCUUUUAGAAGCAUGUGGGAAUAACCUAGAAAUGGCUAUUAACAUGCACAUGGAAGGGGUCCAGGAAGGAUCUUCAGCAACAUCAAAUUCUAACUCGGAAGGUGCUGCAAGACAAGUAGUAGAUGAAGAGGAAGAAGUUCGAGCCCCUAUUCCUCAGAAGCAAGAGGUGUUAGUUGAAGGACCAGAGGACAUUGCUUAUACCUUCAGAAAGAGGCGAAGAGUUGCGCGAUCAGUGUUUGACAAGUUUCGUGAUUUUGAAGCUGAAACAAAGCGACAAGAAGAGGAGCUCAUGGCUGGUGGUACCCCUAAUGAAUUCAGAGGUGAUGCAGGACCUUCCACAAGUAGUUCACUGCCUAAUGUCUCUCAAGAUAGGCGCAAAAUGAAAACAUUAGAAGACCUAUUUAGACCUCCCAUGGAUCUUAUUUUUCGAGGAACAUUCCAAGCAGCUCGUGAUCAUGGUGUAUCCAAAAAGCGUUGGUUAAUGGUGAACAUUCAAGAUUCCAGCGAAUUUCCAUGUCAGGUUCUCAAUAGAGAUGUGUGGUCUAAUCAAGCUGUGAAAACAAUAAUAAAUGAGCAUUUUGUAUUUUGGCAGGUUUAUCAUGACAGUAAGGAAGGACAGCGCUACAUGAUGUUCUAUCAAGUAUCAGAAUGGCCCCAUGUUGCAAUAUUAGAUCCAAGAACAGGUGAAUGCUUAGUGACAUGGCACAAGUUAGAUGCUUUGACAUUCUGCGAUUUGGUCACAGAGUUCUUAUCGUCACACACAGGACUUGAUGAAAGUACAUCUCCUCCGAAGAAAAAGUCACGUCCAGAGUCGAGUAAUAGUAUUCUUGAAGCUGAUGAAGCCUCUCAAAUAGAAGCAGCCAUCAAAGCCUCCCUUGCAGAGACAGAAACCAAGGAUUGUGCUGCAUGUAGUAAUCACUCGGGAAAAGUGGAGGAAGGCAUUGAUGAUGAAGAUGACGGUGACGGUCUUGAAACGUUUGACUCGGAUGUUGAUAUCGAUUAUUCAAUCACAGAAAAUAAAGUUGACGAAAAAGUCAAAAGAACUUUUGAGGGGGAAAGGAAAUUGCAUGUUAAGACUUUAAGAAACUAUGAGGAAAAUGGGACGACAAACAGUAAUGGUGAUAGUGAACAAACUAAUUCUUGUUGGUCUUCAUGCAGUAAUGAAAGUGAUUGGGAAUCUUAUCUUGGCUCCUCAAGUGACCCAGAAUCCAAACUAAUGUUAAGGCUUCCUGAUGGCUCAAGAGACAUUGUUUCUAUGCCUUGUUCUUCAAAGUUAAUGGCUUUGGUGAAAUAUGUGGGUAGCAAAGGCUAUAGCAAUGAACAAUACGAGUUAGUUACAAAUUUUCCACGAAAAGAGAUCUCGUACAUGGACUUUGACAUUACACUGAAAGAUGCUGGGCUUUAUCCACAAGAAACAGUUUUCAUUCAAGCCAGAUAACCUUUAAUAAUAUCUCAGAGAUAUGUAUGGCUUUUAUAUUGUCUAAAUGUUACAAUUUUAUCAAAUUUAAAAUUAUGACUUAAUUGGUAAAAGAACCUAAGAUUUAAUCAUUUGUCAAAUUUUGCUAUAAAUUUACUCCAUACAAUUUGUAAUGAUUUUAAUGAAGCUAGCUUUUAUUAUAAUCUGUUGUAUUAAUUUAUGGUUUCUAGUUUUAUUGAGAUACAUUGAAAAUGAUGGAACAGUUUAGAUACAGUAGUAUAAUUAAAGUUAUCCCUCAAAA